GGAGGAGUGAGAGAGAGAGAGUGCGGCUCUUUCUCUCCGGUUCUCUCUGUGUCGCUCCUGAAAAUAUGUCAGAAGGAGUGAACCUCAUAGAUAUCUGUGCUGACGAGGAGUUCAACCAGGACUCUGAGUUUAGGAAUGCUGACCAGAUGGAUCUAUAUGACGAUGUGCUAGCUGCCAGCUCACAACUUUCUGAACGUUGCACUAGCAGCUCUGAACCACCACCUGAAAGCGGCCAAGAGCAGUCUCCCAAGCCAAACAGUAAAUCACCCGCUAUCCUGUAUACCUACAGUGGGCUACAUAAUAAGAGAGCUGCUGUUUAUGUGGGCAGCUUCUCUUGGUGGACAACUGACCAGCAGCUGACUCGAAUCAUCCACUCUGUGGGUGUUUAUGAUGUGGUGGAAGUCAAGUUUGCUGAGAACAGAGCUAAUGGCCAGUCCAAAGGGUAUGCAGAAGUGGUGGUUGCCUCAGAGAACUCUGUCCACAAACUUCUGGAGCUGCUACCAGGCAAGAUUCUCAAUGGAGAUAAGAUGGAAGUGAAAUUGGCUACCCGGCAGAACCUUGCACACUAUGUGAAGCCAAGCCUCUUGCACACCCAGCCGAACAUCAUCCAAGGGUGGAGACCUGUGCACUGCAGUGAUACUAAAGCAGCAGGGAAGGUUUCCCUGGGCUGGAAGAUAUGA